CGUACACGCUUGUGAUAUUCAGGACGGCACACUGUUUGAUUCCCUCACAGACUGUGAGAUGGCUCGAGACACAGAUGCGGGCCACGCACGAUAUGCCGAAUAUAGGACCAGUGGGACGGUCUCUCAUCUGAACGAUGCUGUCCAGAACUUUCAGUUGGUUCUGGAUCGCUGUCCUGACCACGCAGCGGCUCUCACCAACCUCGCGUGGGCCCGUCUUGAAGGCUAUAUUCAAAAUGAUGUUCAAGACAUUGAUACAACUACUUCCCUCCUCCGCGGAGCCCUUGCAUUGCGUCCGCAGGGUCAUCUCGAUCACGCACUAUCUCUCUAUAACCUCAUUUUCGCAUUGACCUGGCGCUACAGCAUGGAGCCCGCCCCCGUCUACAUUCACGAAUCUGUGGAACUGUGCUGCAAGCUACUGCCCCUCUGUCCAGAGGGCACCUACCUUCCACUCUACAAUCUUUCAUGGGUUCUCAGCGUACGCUUUGAACAACACGGCAGCAUUGAUGACAUAGACGAGAGCAUACAACUUGGUCGUGAAGCUGUUUCUCUGUGCCCCGAGGGACAAUCUGGCCGUGAUACCUACUUGAAUAACUUGGCCUACUCACUCCAGUUCCGAUUUUAUCACCAAGGCCAAUAUGAUGACCUUGAUGAGGCCAUCUUUUGGCACGAGUCAGUGCUGUGCCUGCGCUCUGUUGGGCACGAAGCUCGUGAUUCUUCAUUGGACAUCCUAGGGAGCGCCCUCUGCGCCCGUUUCAGAGCACACAGUGACAUUGAUGACAUCAACCGAGCUGUCAGCCUCCUUCGCGAGGCACUGAAGUUGCGCCCACCUGGGCAUCCACGUCGUUACACCAGACUUCACAACCUUGCCAUCACACUCCACGACAGAUAUGGCGAAUUGCACGUCAUCGAGGAUCUUAACGAGGCCAUAGAUCUGCAUCGUGAAUCACUUCGGAUAACACCGCUUGACCAUCCAGAGCGCCAUAAAAAUCAUCGCAAUUUGAGCUCGGCGCUCUGUUCUCGUUUCACGCAAACCGAGAAGAAUGAAGAUAUUGAAGAGGCCAUUCAACUCUGCCAAAAAUCGUUGGAGGCUUUGCCACCACUCCAUCCUGAGAGACAAGGGUGUUAUUUCACGCUCCGGGAUGCCUAUAUGUCUCGAUACCGCGUGCAGUACAAGCCUGCAGAUCUGUCGCUCGCUGUAGAGCAUUUCAGACUCGCAUCACGACACCCCACUUGUGGAUUUCCAAGCCGCAUCUUCGAAGCAUAUAAAUGGACUUUUGCAGCGGAGGAGCAUGGUGAUGCAUCCGCACUGGAGGCUUACGCAACGUUUUUCGAGCUUCUGGAUGCUCAUUUGGCAACACGGUCAUCAACCACUUCGCGGCGUGAAGCUGCUGCUGCCUUCCAUUUUGCCAGAUCAUUACCUGUAGAUGCAGCAUCGUGUGCCAUCCGCCAUGACAAUCUCCGACAUGCAGUCGAACUGGUGGAGCAGGGCCGUGGCCAACAGUGGUCGUUGGCCUCUCGACUCAAGACUCCAGUUGAAGACCUCGAAUCGGGACAUCCGGAUCUAGCCCACAAAUUUUCUGAGCUGAGCAAGCGCGUUUCCAAUGCCGCUCAGGAUUCUGCAACCAUUGCCGACAGAGCUGCGGCCGAAGUAGCGGAAACAAUGUACAGGAAAAUCACGGCGGAAUGGGAAGCUGUGGUAGCUGAGAUACGCAAUCUUCAAGAUUUCUCGCGGUUCCUGCUCCCACCUUCGUAUGAAGACUUGCAAGCGGCAGCGCGCCAUGGCCCUGUCGUCAUCCUCAUUGCCAGCCAGUACUCGUGCAGCGCUAUCAUUGUCCCAACGUUGGGAGAGCCCUGUCAUGUUCCCUUACCAUCUAUCACCCUCGUAGAUCUCGAGGAUCUCAAGGAUCGGUUCGCCAGGGCGAUACCGCAAGCAUCGAAGAUGGGCCUAAACCGGCCACGAAAUGAUCUAAUUGUCCUCUUGCGGGAAGUAUGGGACAAUAUCAUGCUACCCAUUGUCAACGUACUCGAGAAUACCUUCAGAUUGAAGCGCCAGUCUCGAAUAUGGCUGUGUCCAACUGCAACCUUUACCUCUAUUCCUCUCCACGCAGCUCACCCCUUUCGAACAAAGGCAGAUCGUUCUGGGAAGGAGCUGUGCCUAGAGGAUCUCUACAUCUGCUCCUACACGCCGACACUUUCGGCGCUGAUAAGAUCUAGACAGAUGAUGAAGAAUUGUGUACCUCCAUCCUUCGCGCUCUUGGCUGUCGACAGCGAGCUCGAGCUUGUCCAUAAGCUCGUCCCCGCGACGGCUAAUCGUUCCACUCUUUCUGGCGACGCAGCCACACGAGCAGGUGCACUCGAAGCCCUGGAACAGAACACCUGGGUGCACCUCGCUUGUCAUGGCAAGCAGGACCAAGACCAGCCUUAUAAUUCUCAUUUCGUCAUGAAGGACGAACAUCUCACUCUCCUCGACAUUAUGGAGAAAGAUAUCCCGCACGCUGAGUUUGCGUUCUUGUCGGCGUGUCAUACCGCCGUAGGUGAUAAGGAGACGCCCGACGAAGUAAUCCAUCUCGCAGCCGGACUCCAGUUUUCGGGGUUCAAGAGCGUCAUUGGCACGCUGUGGGAGGUCGACGACGCUGUUGCAAAGCACGUUGUCCAAGCUUUCUAUGAAAAUAUGGUCAAGGAUGUUGAGGAUGGCGGGUUCAUGGACUGUACGAAGGCGGCUUGGGCACUGAACCGUGCUACACACGCCGUGAAGAGCAAGGUGCCGCUCGAGCAGAGAAUGGUUUUCGUUCAUAUUGGAGUGUAG